AUGAAUACGAGUCACUGCUGUGCAAGAUUGGUGGCAUUGAAUACGAGGUCAUCCUUCGUCAAAAAGUAUCGGCGCGGCUGGGAAUGUCGAGAACGCUACCACACGCAUGAGGAGCACGGCGAGCUAUUCACUAGUUGUAGACCCGGUGGGAACUAUGUAAAGAUUGGUAACUUCGAUGUCGCUGAUGACAUCUUGAGACGCAAAGAUGACUUUGGUCGCGAUCUAGAGGCUUUCGCCGUUCUCAACAUCUACGGUAAAAACCUUGCGCCGAACGAAGGUAAGGAGUGGAUGAAGCAUCGCAAGGUGGCUGCUGUUACGUUCACUGAGAAGAAUGCUGACCUCGUUUGGUGCGAAGCGCUGAAGGAGGCCAGUCAGAUGUUAUGUUAUUGGCUAGAAAGAGCGAAGAAACCGAUCCGAACUUUAGCGCAGGAUACGCAAAUAUUUUCCCUCAAUGUUCUCGCGGCUGCCCCUUUCGAUCGCUCAUAUUCAUUCAAAGGACGUGAAGAGGGCAAAUUACGAAAUGAAGCCAUCGGCUCGGAUGCCAAAGAUGGGGCGUCGGGUUACCGCGACACCAUUGCCACUAUCCCGCAAAUGAUUCUUCCGAUGAUGAUCUUCGGUGAGCGGAAGCUCCGCGAAAGCUGGUGGCUCCCCAAUAGUUGGCAAAACGCUGGGCACGCAGUGGCGAACUUCAGGGAUUAUGUCACUCAUUUGAUAGACGAAGAAAGGGUGGCGAUCGCGCAAGGACAAGCCACUUCGCCAACUUGGUCACGAACCUCUUUUAAUACCGACAGCUCCAGCGAGAGCAGAGCGAUACUGAUAAAAGAUGAGAUCAUCAGCGAUUUGAUUGUGUUUGCACUCGCGAGCAACGAUACCACGGCUCUGACGUUGGCCUACAUCCUGGCCGAAUUAGCGGCGCAUGCUAGUAUUCAAGACUGGAUAUCUGAGGAGAUACGCCACUACACGACAACGGAAGACGUGACCAAGUGGGAAUACACCACGUGUAUAGAGCUCAAGCGCUGCUGGGCCGUGAUGUAUGAGACGCUGCGCCUCUCACAUCCGAUCAACCAACUUGUGAAGAAUACAGGAGCGAAACCAAGAAGCAUCACCCAUAAAGGAGCGACUUUUCUAACUCCAUCACAUACUACCGUCGAGAUCAACUUACCGUCUUUAUCAACAAUGCCGUCUCACUGUGGAUCUGACAGGCUGGAAUGGAACUCGAAGCGCUUCAUUACUUCGAAGCAUCAAUAUCCCGAUAAGUUCGAAGACGAAAAAAUCCCACCGGACACAUCUACAUUUUUCGCGUGGGCUUACAGUCGAUUAGUCUGCCCUGGCAAACGUGUCUCACAAGCUGAGCUCAUCGGUGCCUUGGCGGCUUUAUUUCGCGAUCAUCGUGUUGACCCAGUGACUGAAGUGGGUGAAACCAUGCAAUAG